CAAAAGUUUUUGAGUCAUCCAUAUUGGUAAAUCUUUCGUACACUUCGUAGAACCAAAGGGGCUCUUUUUCUCCAAAAGUGGUGGAAUUUUGGUGUAAAUUUCGCGUUUCGCGUGCGAAAUUUACAUUGGCUCGUUGCGUUGAUUCGGCAAACCAUUUCGGAACGGUCCAAAUGGUGUGAAAACAGGCUAAACUGUUGUGCUGAGUGCCCCCCCACCUUCGACUGGACAUAUAUUUUUUCGCUCUGCACGGGGCACUGUGUGAAAAUCCGUGUCCGAACGAUCGAAGAACAAGGUGCUGCACCACGGCUCAGACCAGUCGUCAUCACAUCGUCAUUCCAAGGAAGCCCCAAGGUUGUCCAUUUGCUGGAGCAAAAUUAGGAGGAAAGCAUAGCAAAAACGUGAGUCUGUUAGCAACAUGUCUGCGGGUCCGUACAACUAUUCCUACAUAUUCAAGUACAUCAUCAUCGGUGACAUGGGCGUAGGCAAGAGUUGCCUGCUGCAUCAGUUCACCGAGAAAAAGUUUAUGGCAAGCUGUCCGCACACGAUUGGCGUCGAGUUCGGCACGCGGAUCAUCGAGGUCGACAAGCAGAAGAUCAAGCUGCAAAUAUGGGACACGGCUGGCCAGGAGCGGUUCCGUGCCGUUACGCGGUCCUACUACAGGGGAGCCGCCGGUGCCCUGAUGGUGUACGACAUUACGAGAAGGUCAACGUACAACCACCUGUCGAGCUGGCUCACCGACACCCGCAACUUGACGAACCCAAGCACUGUGAUAUUCCUGAUUGGUAACAAGUCGGACCUGGAGAGCACCCGCGAAGUUACCUAUGAGGAAGCGAAGAAAUUUGCCGACGAAAACGGGCUCAUGUUUGCCGAGGCUAGCGCAAUGACCGGCCAAAACGUGGAGGAAGCGUUUCUGGAAACGGCCCGCAAGAUCUACCAAAGCAUCCAGGACGGCCGGCUCGAUCUGAACUCGUCCGAGUCGGGCGUGCAGCAUAAACCGGCCCAACCCGGUCGCACCUCGCUCACGAGCGACGCCCAGAACAACAAGGACAACUGUUCGUGUUAAUCGCUUUCCAAACGGAGACGGAUUGUGGCGGAGGAAGAGGAGGAGGUGUAAAUCUUUUAGAAUGUUUGAACUCGCUCGAAAUUUGCACGCGUGCUUCACUAAAAGUAAGUGCGUGCAGAGAACAUUUGUCGUUUUGCCAAAGGGAAAAUUCCAAGCUGUGUAUUGUGGAAUGAGGGGGCCGGAAUCAUCUAUCAGUAGAGGUAAAAUAGUUAUGUAUUUGAAUACCAGAUAACCGACAGUAAUUGAACAGAAAGAGUAAAUCUGUCCUUGUAGAGUUUAUUUGUUGUUAGAAUGUUCAUUUUCAAUUUAUGAGUUUACUUUAUGAGAGUAGAUGUUGUUACUGUUUAGUACACGAUUAAAAUUUUAUAAUUUCCCCAAAAAUAUUUAUUAGUUUAUCCGUAUUAAUGCGAGUACUCUCCACAUAACUGUAGCAAUUCUUGAACAAAAUACAAAACCAAUUGAGUAAGCAAAAAAGUACAUAAUCGAUGGUCCUACCGACGUAGUCCUUCGUCAAAUCAAGAUUGAUUGUAGAUAUGUAGCCAUAAUUUUGCGAACUUACAAGAAAUGGAAGCCAUUUUAAAUUCCCUUCAAACACCGAACAACAAACUUAACCUUACCACUGAAUUGUUUUAUUGAAAUUUUGGAAAACAUAUAAACCCAAAAACCAAACAGCAAAUCUAGCUUUGACUGCAAAAUGCAAAAGAAAAACCAACGUUCUUUUCAGUACAAAAUACUUUACUCCCAAAUCGGCGCGUUUUCUUCACGUUAGAGAUAUUAAAUAAUAAAAAAGAAUCGAUGACAAAAAAUAUAAAAAUAAACUUUAUAAUAAAAAAAAACCAACUAAUAUCUAAGUCAAGGAAUCGGUGGAAGAGCCCCUCCCAGUAAAAAAAGGUCCAUUUACUAGAAAUUGUAACCCCUUUCAAACAUAAAUUUUGAAGCAAAAGGGAGAAAAAAUGCUUAGGAUGCGAGCAAAAAUCGGUACUAAAGUAUUAACUCAGAAAUAUAUUUUA